AGGUCCAGGUUCAGGUCCCGAGACCAAGACCCCCCGAACUCCAUCUCCAAUCUCCCCAUCAAGUAAAAUGUCCUUCACCACCCCCCUCCGCCGCAGCACGGUCACGGCCACGACGGCCCGACUCCAACCCUCGACGACCUUCAUCUGCUCGCAGUGCCGCCAUGCCACGCUCCUGCGCCGCCCCAAGCGGCCCUACCAGUUCACGCAGCUGAUCACCAUGUCCGACGGCAGCACCUUCACGCACCGUACCUCCUCCCCGCUCCCCAUCUACCGCUCCACCCGCGACACGCGCAACUCCGUCAUGUGGAACCCCUCGUCCAGCCGGCUGGCCAGCCUGGAGAAGGACGAGGCCGGGCGCCUGGCCGCUUUCCGUGCCAAGUUCGGUCGCGGGUUCGACACCAACGCCGUCGCUGCGGUGAGCGAGGCCGACAAGAAGGCGGAGGCCGAGGCGGCUCAGGCGGCUCAGGCGGAGGCCGAGGAGGAGGACGACAACCUGUUGGAUUUGAUCAGCUCGUUCGGGCAGCAGGAGGCCGGUCCUUCGGAGAAGAAGAAGAAGUGGUGAUUGUUUUUCGUCUUUGGUCGGUCGGUUGGUGAGGGAGUUCAAAGCAAAGCGAAACGAGACGGAGCGGCGAGGCGAGGCGAGGCGAGGGUGAUUGUUGGCCUCUGGCCUGGUUUUCUUAUUCUUCGCCUUCCAUUUCGGUUUGUACUAUGUGACGGAUUGAAAGAUGGGGGGUUUCUCUAGGAUUGUUGUUGUGGGAUCGCUUUUUCCCAAGGUUGUUUUUUAUGUACAGUAUACACACACAUCGUCGCCAUACCACGCACCCAUUUGAAUGGAGUUUU